UUUACAGUUUAAAAUGUUUCACUUUCUAAAUCUAUUUUUUGUAAUUUGUGUAACCUUUACUUGGUUUUAAUAGUGGAGAACAAGCCAAAUACUGUGCAGUCCUAAAUGAGAUCCCUACCCAUUACAUACCAGUUUGAGUCAGUGUAAUCAUCUAUAAGCCCUUAGCAGCAGGUGAUCCCUGUGUCUAAAUCAUCUCGAGAAUGUCAACAGCCGCAUGCAUGGAUUCAUGCCCUAAGGGGUUAACCAUCAGAUCUAGUAGUGCAGAGCAUGCUGGAAUGCUGGCGGCACAGGUUUUAGUACAAGGUUGCAAAGCUCAUUCAAGCAAAACAGCUAGGGUUACCAAUAUUACCGUAUAAAAGCAACACCCCCGCCUUCUACCCAGAGGAGGUGUCAAUGUUUAACUUACCAGAGCCAAAUAAAGCCCAGUCUCUUCAAUCUACACCCACUUUUACUGCUCUCGUGACAGACGCACACUCUCUUCCAUCCUGCUGCGCUGGCUUGGCAUCAGUGCCCAGGAUUUACACACAAGACUCUUUGACGAACAAUGUGAGUGUGCCGCUGACUGCCUAUAGAAGACACGUUGAGCAACUCUGAGCAGAGAUGAGUACUAACAGCACCAACUACACCACCAUCCUGCAGUCAGAAAAAGGAGGGCAUCCCAGCAGGAGUGGUUUCCAUGGAGCAGGUGGAUGCAGGAGAAGGCGCUACGUGCAGAGGGAUGGCAGCUGUAAUGUUUUACUGCACAAUCUACCGGGGGAGUUGGGCAGCUACAUGGCCGACAUCUUCACUACCUUGGUGGAAAUAAGGUGGCGUCUCAUGUUCCUCAUCUACUCGCUCUCCUACAUCCUAUCCUGGCUCUUGUUCGGGGCUGUCUUCUGGCUGAUCGGCCUUUGGAACGGCGACAUGAAGGACCAAGAGAACAAGCCUUGUGUCUACAAUGUACGCAGCUUCACCGCAGCGUUUCUCUUCUCUCUCGAGUCCCAAACCACCAUCGGCUACGGCUACCGCUGUGUGACAGAGGAGUGCAUGCUUGCUGUCAUCUUUGUGACGCUGCAGUCCAUCAUCAGCUGCAUCAUCGACACCUUCAUCAUCGGGGGGGUGGUGGCCAAGAUGGCGUCCGCCCGAAGGAGGGCGCAGACUGUUGGCUUCAGCGACUGUGCAGUAAUUGCCAUGAGGGAUGGCCAACUCUGCCUCAUGUGGCGUAUCGGAGAUUUCCGCCAAAACCACAUGGUGGAGGGCACAGCAAGGGCACAGCUACUCCGCUACCAGGACCACCCCACCGGCAAAGUGACAGUGACUUACCGCGACUUGGAGCUGUCCGACAAUGAAAUCCUUCUGGUCACGCCUGCCCUUUUAAUCCAUAAGAUCGGUCCUGCAAGUCCUCUGUAUGGGCUGAGCUGGCAAGGCUUACAGCAGGAGGACUUUGAGCUGGUGGUCACUUUCACUUACACAGGGGACUUUACGGGAAACUCUCACCAGACACGUACCUCCUACAUGCCCGCUGAGAUCCGCUGGGGCCAACAAUUCCGAGACUUACUCAUAGUGAAGGAGAGGUACUACAAGGUGAACUACUCCCAGUUUCAUAAGACCAGAAAGGCGUGGACCCCAGAGUGCAGCGCUGAGGAACGCGACUGGAAAGAACAAGAAGCGGCUCCACAGCCAAGCGACGCAGGACACGGGCCCAAAUCCAAUGCAGGGAACACUGGCAAUAGUGAGACUGUCAUUCCCCCCGAUAAGUCAUGGAACAUAGAACCAGAGGAGCCGCUGUUUAAAAAAGCUGUUGUGAUGUUAGGGAGCAUUUCAAGGGAGUCUCAGAUGUGAAUUAUGUAUGGAAGUGUACAGAGAGAAACUGUUCUUCAUUGAAAGCUACUUGAAGAGUAAGUAGCGGGGUUCCAAAAAAUUACAGUGUUAUACAUCCCCACGUGUUAUGCACCUGUCAUUUUUCUUUUCAUUGUUAACAUCCUGACAACUUUUUACACUUAGAACUUUAAAGUCUGUUUCAAAACUGUUUUCAAAAUGGCUGCUCUAGUGCACUGGGGUUUGAGAUCUGUCCUCUAAAUCACUGCAGGAAGAGUGAUAAUUUAAAAAAAAAAACAUAACAAGUGCUCUGGCUUUUCUGUCAAACAUACUUCAAAGUUAUACAUGUAAAACGUUAUCAGCAUGUUGACAAUAAAAAGAAAAAUGGCAGGUCCUUUAUUUAAACGGGGACGUGUAACGCUAGAUUUUUCGGAACCUCGCUACUUACUCUUUAAGUAGGUGCUUAAUAUAUCCAUACAAACGCUAAAGGUAAAAUCCUGCUGGAGUUAAAAUCAGGAUUGGAAUGUCAUUUUGGAGCCAGAUUUGGGCUGUUCCUUGUUUGCUAAUCAUGAUUUUAGUACCGGUUGUGAAAAUGUGCCAAGUAUUUUUGACACAGUAAUACAUUCCUUCCCAUGACUUGAUUUUGAACAGGCUUUGUGCAUGUUUCAGCAUUAGAGGUAUAGGGUUAAAUAUAUCGGUACAUCAAUUAUUUGAGCUUUUAUGGACAUUGAAUGAAAAUGUACUUCAUAUUAAACAUCUCCUUUUUAACAGAGACAUACUUUAGCCAGUUUCUGUCUCAUGUAUAAUAAAACAUAGGCAGGGUAAUAAAAUCAAAUGGAAAAAGAAAGGACCAAAAAGCAAAGCUGAAUUAUUGUGGAGAAAGUGGAAUUGCUUUUAAUGUUCUUUGCCCAGUUAUUUGCCUUUUAAUUGAUUUUAUUUUUCCACUUCAGAGUUUACUUUAACUAAAUAAUUUCCCUUUUACUAUACAUUUCCACGAAAAGGCAAGUCCCCAUGAACUUAAGAAGCACCAGGACAUUUGGUAGGACACACAAGAAAAUAAAAAUGCUUUUACUGGGCAAUGAAAAAGCAUUGUGAACAACUUCUCUCCCAAAUGUGCAUGCACUUCUUCAGUUUAGAAUAAGUUUAACUGGGGAUAAAACAUACCUCUUUCCAAUUUAAACAUAUGUAUUAUUCUGGCACACUGAGUUCUAAGCUCACUGAAUUCUCAGUUCCAAACUGUGCUAAGAAUUCCAUAUUUGCUCCAAACUGGGGAAAAAAAGAUACACUUUAUGCUUGUAUAGGUAUUUAAUCAGCCAAUCACUCAGCCUCUGAAGACCAAAGUGUGGUAAAUGUCAAUUGAUUGAACUCAAUCGUAUUGAGUUGUGCAGCACAGAAAUGCAUGUCAUUGGGUUUUGUACUGUUGUUUGUAAGUAAUAUGUUGGAAAAUGGCCUGUGAAAUUUUUUGUCGGCUUUAUGAAAUCAACAUGAUGUAGGCAAUAUCUGCCAAAUAAAAGUACUUAGUAUCAUUAAAA